AUGUCAUUCGCGUCCAAUCGACGCACAACAACAGACCAAGAGGCCAAUGUCAAUGACUAUAUUCGUCGACGUGCACCACCCUCCUUUCAAGGAUUUCAAGUGACAGAAAGUGUCGUUGAAAAACAAUUCUGUCUAAUUUUGACUAACAACUUCCGCUUUGUGCGACGGGAGCAACAGCGAGCACGACAACCACAGCAACGAGAUCGGAAACAUCAUCAUUAUCCUCAUCAUCAUCAUCCGCAGCAGCAACAGCAACAACAACAGCAGCAGCAAGGUGCCAUGCCUGAUGUUGAAUUGUCUCUUGAUGGGUUGAUGAGACAUAGUAGCUAG